GCGGGCUCGGGCUGCGCGCGGGCAGCAGGUUCGCGGCCGGGGCGGGCGCCGCGGACCGGGGCCGGGGGAUACGCACCUGAGGUGGGGCACGAAACCUGUCACUUCAGUCAGGCCGUGCCGCUACUGUUGCAGCGGGGCCCGGGCGCGCGCCCGGCUGACGGAGAACCGGGCAGAGCUGGGCGGCGGGCGCCGCGGGCCGGGGCACGCCAGGUGAUGGAUUUGGACGAUCUUCUAUGAAGAAAUGCCACGUGAUCCAAAAGCAAACAUGUCCAGUAAGUCACUUGAAUUGAGUCAAGAGAAGAAGCCCAGGUCCUUCAGAGCUCCUGCCACCUUAGGAGACUAGGACUUGGUGACAUUGCUUCCUGGGGAAUCAGGUGUGGUCUGACCCAGGAACAAGAAGCAUAUCCUCACAAAUGACAUCAUGACAGCAAGAGAGCACAGCCCUCGCCAUGGCGCAAGGGCCCGUGCAAUGCAACGGGCUUCCACCAUCGAUGUGGCAGCCGAUAUGCUGGGCCUGUCUCUGGCAGGAAACAUACAAGAUCCAGAUGAACCCAUUUUAGAAUUCAGCCUAGCUUGCAGUGAGUUGCAUACGCCAUCGCUAGAUCGAAAACCAAAUAGUUUUGUAGCAGUGAGCGUCACCACCCCUCCUCAGGCGUUCUGGACGAAGCACGCACAGACAGAGAUCAUUGAGGGAACCAAUAAUCCUAUAUUUCUGAGCAGCAUUGCCUUCUUUCAAGACUCUCUUAUCAAUCAGAUGACACAAAUCAAAUUAUCUGUAUAUGAUGUCAAAGAUAGAUCUCAGGGAACAAUGUAUUUACUGGGCUCUGGAACAUUCGUUGUCAAAGAUCUGCUCCAGGACAGGCAUCACAGGUUACACUUAACACUAAGGUCUGCAGAGAGUGAUCGUGUGGGCAACAUCACCGUGAUCGGCUGGCAGAUGGAGGAGAAGUCAGAUCAGCAGCCCCCUGUGACCCGGUCUGUAGACACUGUCAAUGGCAGGAUGGUUCUGCCUGUUGAUGAGAGCUUGACUGAGGCCCUGGGAAUCCGAUCCAAAUAUGCCUCACUGCGGAAAGACACUUUACUGAAGUCAGUGUUCGGGGGCGCCAUCUGCCGCAUGUAUCGGUUCCCUACCACCGAUGGCAACCAUCUUCGGAUCCUGGAGCAGAUGGCGGAGAGUGUGCUUUCCCUACACGUGCCCCGGCAGUUUGUGAAGCUCCUGCUGGAAGAAGACGCGGCCAGAGUCUGUGAGCUGGAGGAGUUGGGGGAGCUCUCCCCUUGCUGGGAGAGCCUCAGGCGCCAGAUCGUCACCCAGUACCAGACAGUGAUCCUCACGUACCAGGAGAACCUGAGCGACCUCCAUCAGUACAAAGGUCCCUCAUUUAAAGCAAGCAGUUUGAAAGCAGAUAAAAAGUUAGAAUUUGUUCCCACAAACCUGCAUAUACAAAGGAUGAGAGUUCAAGACGAUGGCGGAUCAGAUCAGAACUACGACAUUGUCACCAUUGGAGCACCAGCAGCACACUGCCAAGGUUUUAAAUCAGGAGGUCUCCGCAAAAAGCUGCACAAAUUUGAAGAGACCAAGAAACACAGUUUUGAGGAGUGUUGUACAUCAUCUAGCUGCCAGUCCAUAAUCUACAUACCACAGGAUGUCGUCAGAGCCAAGGAGAUCAUUGCCCAGAUCAACACCCUGAAAACCCAAGUUAGUUACUAUGCAGAGCGGCUCUCAAGGGCGGCCAAGGACAGGUCUGCCACUGGCCUUGAGAGGACACUUGCCAUCUUGGCAGACAAGACCCGGCAGCUGGUCACAGUCUGUGACUGCAAGCUGCUGGCCAAUGCGAUCCAUGGCCUGAACGCUGCACGGCCUGACUAUAUCGCCUCCAAGGCUUCCCCCACCUCGACAGAGGAGGAGCAGGUGAUGCUUCGGAAUGACCAGGACACUCUCAUGGCCAGGUGGACAGGGAGGAACAGCAGAUCUUCCCUGCAGGUGGACUGGCACGAGGAGGAAUGGGAGAAAGUGUGGCUGAACGUGGACAAGAGCCUGGAGUGCAUCAUCCAGCGGGUGGACAAGCUGCUGCAGAAGGAGCGUCUGCAUGGCACAGGCUGUGAGGACGCCCUCCCCUGCGCAGGCAGCUGCACCAGCAAGAAAGGUAACAGGGACAGCCAUGCCUACUGGAUCAGACCGGAGGACCCCCACUGUGACGCCCCCUGCUCGCCAUGCCCCUGCUCCAUGCCCACUGCUGCAUGCCAUCCUCACCCGAGCACACAUUGCAGCCCCCCUCCUGAAGAGUCCAGCCCAGGUGAAUGGAGCGAGGCUCUUUACCCACUGCUGACCACCCUCACAGACUGCGUGGCCAUGAUGAGCGACAAGGCUAAGAAGGCCAUGGUCUUCCUGCUCAUGCAGGACAGCGCCCCCACCAUCGCCUCCUACCUGAGCCUGCAGUACCGCCGCGACGUGGUCUUCUGCCAAACCCUCACCGCACUCAUCUGCGGCUUCAUCAUCAAGCUGAGGAACUGCCUGCACGACGACGGCUUCCUACGGCAGCUCUACACCAUCGGGCUGCUGGCGCAGUUCGAGAGCCUGCUGAGCACCUACGGUGAGGAGCUGGCAAUGCUGGAGGACAUGAGCCUUGGGAUCAUGGACUUAAGGAAUGUGACCUUUAAAGUCACACAGGCCACUUCUAAUGCAUCAACUGACAUGCUGCCCGUCAUCACAGGAAAUCGUGAUGGGUUUAAUGUGCGGAUCCCUCUGCCAGGUCCGCUGUUUGACGCCCUGCCUCGGGAGAUCCAGAGUGGCAUGCUGUUGCGGGUGCAGCCUGUCCUCUUCAAUGUGGGCAUCAACGAGCAGCAGACACUGGCUGAGAGGUUUGGUGAUACCUCUUUACAAGAAGUUAUUAAUGUGGAGAGUUUGGUGCGGUUAAAUUCCUACUUUGAACAGUUCAAGGAAGUUUUGCCUGAGGAUUGUCUACCUCGAUCCCGAAGUCAGACCUGUCUGCCAGAACUGCUGCGGUUUCUGGGUCAGAACGUCCAUGCCCGGAAGAAUAAGAACGUGGACAUCCUCUGGCAAGCUGCCGAGAUCUGCCGCCGCCUUAACGGGGUCCGGUUCACCAGCUGCAAGAGUGCCAAGGACCGCACAGCCAUGUCAGUGACGCUGGAGCAGUGCCUGAUCCUGCAGCACGAGCACGGCAUGGCCCCGCAGGUCUUCACUCAGGCCCUGGAGUGCAUGCGCAGCAUUGGAACACGGGAGGUAGUCACCCAGAAGAACUUGAGCGGCCUGGUGCCCAUCCGAGACUUAAGGCUAGACCCCAGCCUCCUCUGUUCCAUUCCUUUAUUAGCUCUGAGCCCCAAUUUACUGAUUGUGUGGCUCUUUCUGAGCAUAGCAUACCUGGUGACCAAAUUGCGUUGCAAAUGAAUAUCAUUAUGAAAAAUUAAUAAGUCACAAGAAAAACAAAAGUGCCCGAAUAUGUCCAGCCACCGAGUACCUAAAUGGACAGAAGGAAGGUGUCAGAGCGUGGUCUGCCAAGAAAUAUCUCAUGCCUUACAGUUUGACGUUUUGUCUUCUCAACUGUAAAUACCUGCCAAAUUAUUUCAUCAAGAGGACUUGUUCAUUUAAUCACAUAGCGUCUUCAGUGCUUGUAACAUGUUCUCAAUGGUACCCUAACGUUCCUGCGUUAAUCUAGCUGGCUUGCAAUUACUUGUACCAGAUCUCUUACCCUCUGAUGUAAAACUAUUUAUUACCUGUACAUCUCAAUGUGCCCUAUUUCCAAGAGAAAGGAGUUCUGUCUGGAAAUAUUUGUAUAUUUGAUACUAUUCUUUAAGUGUACUGCGAAACUUUCCUUUCCUUUUGAAGAAAAAUGAAAAGACAUAUAUAGAUGCUUUAUAACUGGCUCAUCUAGUUAACCUAUUUAAUAGGACAUGUACUUUCUGCUUUCAUUUCAAAGCGUAGUCCCUGGAUUAUAGUAGCAAACAGUUUGCAGAAUCCUAACAUCUCCUUGCGUGUGUUUAUUAUUUUUGAUUGGGGUAACAGGCUGUGACCACAGAACACUUUGUACCAAGUCAGGCACAUGAAGAUUACGUACUGCACGAGACUCAGGUUCAUCUUGACUCUUUAAAUUCAUUAAAACUGGCUUCAAGAAUUCAUGCACAGAAUAACAAAAGGCCAUUAAAGUCAUAUACAUUUAUUUUUCUUGAGAUACCAUUUUUCAUUUGAAAAAUGAUAUCUUUAAUUCCAAAUUGAAAUUCAGAAAGCUUUUCUCUCUUACUAAUCAAAUAUGGUUAAUAAUGAACAAAAACUAAUCAAAGGAAAAUUACCAAAAAAUGAAGGUCUAACUUUUGGUCAGUUGUGGCAGAUGGAGCUGAGAAGAGAGGUCACUGUGGUUUCUGGUUGAUUUUAACAUGCAGUAUCCCUAAAACAGUAUGUUCAACGUGUGGCAGGAGAUUGACAUCACAUUUGUAAAGGUGACCACAUGAAUCUGGGGAAAUUCCACACGCCCUGUGUAAGAAACAGUGGCUUCUCUCUUAUCCAGUUCAUAUCAUAUUGUGCUUCUGGUUUUGCUCCUCCAGCAUUGGAACACGGGAAGUAGUCACUUCCCCAUAUGCUGUGUUUUAUGAGUGGAUUUCUUUUUACCACUCUGGAAAAACUGGGUUGAAUUAGAGAAUCUGGCUUUCCCAGAACCUUAAUGCCUUGGUGCACACAAAUCCAGUUCACCACAGAAGCUGGCCUCUCUCUCCUCUCUCCAAGACUUCCAGCCCUUACUCUGGGGCUUCUCUGAAUUGGCAUCAGCCUGGAGUUGCACACUAGGAAACACAGAAGUAGUACAAAGGCCAGAAUCCAACUGAUACAAUGUAAGACCAUCUUUAUCACAGCCCAAGGAUGCCCUUCUUUCUAGACCCCCCAGCACUGGCAGGAUUCCAAGGACAUGUGUCACCUCUGUCACACCAUGGGAGAGUUCAUUUGUCUCCUGGAAUAAGUAUGGUUCCUUGCAUCCUCCAGUGGAGGUUCACUGCCUGCCAGCUGAGGGGUGGUGUUGUGCUGUAGCACACUGACACUAUUCACUAGGCAGUGUCCUGCCGGUCUGUGCUUCUCUGGAAGGUGUUUGAUGCUUGCCCUCUUUUGCCUCAAGGUAUGUACUUCAGCUCUCUAAGUCCAUUUUAUUUGCUUCAUUUGAAAGUGGGAAAAUGGACCCCACAGCCUCCUGUUCCCAUCUGGGCGAUGCACCCUGAUGCCCGUGGUGGCAGCCCAUGCACACGCCUACCUCCAGGGUGGAGCUAGUGGCUGGGCGGAGAGGAGGGAGGCCCUCUUGACUACACACAGCGCCCUCCCUCUCGAAGAGCCCAAGUGCUCUAUGGCACCUUGCAGGGGCUCCUCUUGGAAUCCCACUUCACAGCAAAGGGGAGCUGUGGUGGCCAGAGGACCCCUCCGAGGGGGCUUCCAGGACAGCAAGGCCUGAUCCUCGCCAGCCAUGGUGCCAGCAACACCUUCCUGUCCAGCACAGGCGUGGCUGUUGGGUUAAGAGAGAGAGAGAAUGGAAGGAGGUGAGGAUGGGGUGUUCCAUCUCCUCCAGUCGCUUCCAGGAGCCUCCAGUCAUGGAAGACUGGUCCUAGGAAGCACCAUGACACCAGCCUAGGCAGGAGGGGAAGCUAGCUUGUUUUCUUUCCGGAUGCUCUCCUUUUAGGUGGAGCAGGGAUGGGGUUUGGUUCAGGACAGAGGAGGCACUGCCAUGGGUGAUGCUUCAGAAGCAAACCAGUGCCGAGGCAUUGAAGCAUCGUAGGCGCCAGCCACCCAGACCUCGGCAUUAAGUCAUCCCUCUGGAAUCAGAGAACCACACUCAGAAGCAGUUCCCACUGGGUGGUGCCAGUUCUUUCAACUAGUGUGACUGACACUGUUUAUUCUGGGGGCUCGUUCAAGCCAAGAUCUUAAAAGAUGGGCAUACUGUCCUCCCACAAGGCAACUCCCCAUGUCUGAUGUGGAAUCACUGAGGCUCUGAGGUCUCCAGAUGAGUUCUGAGGUACUGAUCCCUACUGGAAAGGGAGACCAGCGGUUCCCUUAAAAUUAAUUGUCAUGUAGGGUUUCCAUCCAAAUCCUUGAAAAUUAAUAACUUGCUGGUAGGAUUUUAAAAAUCAUGUAGCUUCAGAAUAAUUAAUACCUCUUGUUAAAAUCCAUCCCAGAUCAUUUCAGCAUAUGCAGCCCUGGUCCCCAGCUUUAGUGCCAGCUUAUGGAACUAGCAGAUCACAUGGUGACCAUUGACAGUAUGUUACUGUCAACCAGAUCAGCCACAGCAGCCAGAUUUUAUAAAUGCAAAUACUUGGGAGGAAAAUAAUUUGAUUUAUAACUAAAUUGAAAUGACAGUAUAAUCUUGAUUAUAAUUUCAUGUAUAAUCUGUUCAGCCAGCUAAACCAGGGGUUAGCUUCUUUCACAUGUAAAUACAGGAGAACAUAAAAGUUCCCAAAUUAUUCUUCCUGCUCCUCAAGGGAGUUUGGCAUUUACUAGUGACAGGCAGUUUUUGAGAUGUUUGUAUGUUUCUAUGUAAAUGGAGAAGCCAUAUCUGAAAUAGUCCAUUAACGUAAGAGCUUCCAAAGGUUAACGGAUAUUAACUGUGUAGGAGCCUACAGCUUCUGCUUUAAAUAGAAUUAUAUUUUUCUGUGAUUUCUGAAUAUUAUACAAACAUGAUCAUUAUUUACUCUGGGGACCCUGCUCAUGUGGCCCAAGUGUUCAGCUUAGAUCACACACGUCCAGCUGAGGGCUUGAGGCUUUGGGACAAGGAAGCACACCUGAGUCACUAUGUUAGUUAAAAGAAUCAAGUGGAUACUUUUUAAAAAAAAUACUCAAGUUUAUCUUUUGAAUAAAAAUUACUAUCUUACCAAAAACUCUUUUACAUGUUCUUGAUAAUGAGACUGUCCUUUUCACUUACAAGGCUUGAGCAAUUGCCACUGAUAUUUUUUUAAAUGCAUGACAUAAUGGUCUUCAUACAAUUUGAAGUAUUUUUUUUAAAUCACUGUUUCUUUGUAACUGCAAAUUUUACAUCUCAUAAGGGGAAUUUUAUACUAAACUUGAUAACUAGUUGAUUUCAUUGCCAAUGCUAGAACAAGGUAACAGUACCAAGUCACACUGUGCUGUGGGAAGCCGUUUCAUUCAGAAUUGCUUCUGCCUAUUAAUUUUAUGUCUGUACCAGGACCUUUCCCAGAGAAUUCCCCUGAGUUCUUCCACCGAGAAUGUGAGCCUGCCUUGCCCAUGCAUCCUCCCGGCACCAUCUGUUUUGUUAGCGGGUUGCCAUGACAACCUGCCAUCGAGAGCAGCCCGAAGAUGAUGCUGGUACUGAGUUCUCUAGGGAAGGGCACUGUGGCUCCCCCUGGCACCUGAAGUGCCCACAGUGAGGGCAGUCUACCCAGAGAAGGCGGCUGGUAUCACCAGGUGACCUCAGUGGGGUCACUCCGCCCCAGCCCCAGCCCCAAUAGCUGUGCAGUGCAUGGCCCUUGUGGUCCCUUUACCCUAGAACAGCUGGCCCCUAGGUGGAGGUGGGUGUCAGGACAGCCUUCUUAGCUAGAUGGCUUUGCUACAUACUGGAUUGAUUCUGCAGGGAAAAUCAGCACAUUGCAUUUGAUAUGAUUACGACUGUUGUUAACAUGCAGAAAUGCAGCUCAUUAAAGACUUUGGUAAGAGGAGGAGGAGUUCUUGUCCCAUUUAAUUUGCUAUGUGACACAGCCUUUGAACCAUGAAUUAUGAUAGAACCCAGAUAACUAGGCCUGAGAUACAGGAUGAGAUAUUAACUUAAAAAUAAUUGCUUCCAUUUGGGUACAGCACUGCAUUAGAAAUGCAAAACUCCCAGCCCCUUUUAGCAUGUAUCCAUCUCUGUGCUUCUCAGUUGCCUCGUUCAGAAACCUGCCAUCUUCUGUGUGUAUUUGUCGUAGACGAGUCCAGCACCCAUUUAAAUUAACUUUUUUUUAAUGCUAUGAAAAUGAUUCAUUUCAUCUUAGUUUAAGUCUUUUCUUUUUUCCUUUUUUACUGCUGUCAUUUCUU